AGCCCUCACGAAGAUGUUCCUCGAGUGACUAACCGUAGGCGACGACGUCCGGGCGUGAGAAGUUAGGAUUUUUCAAAGUACAGAAGAAGAAAGCGAGAAAAUCAGUGUGGCGAGGUUUGGGCGUUAAAGGAAGUUGGGGUUUUCAGCAGAAGAAAAAAGUUGAAGGUUUUUUUGUUUUUUUUUUCAGGUAGCUUCACCUCUUCUCCUUCUCCAAUCUCCUAAUACCCGAGAAAUAGUAUCAUUAGAAUGAAAAAAAUGCCAUACACAGUGACCAAAAGACUCUUACGUGUUCAAAGGAAACUUGUCUCUCCAUUUCAUUUGCAGAGAUCAAGGUGAGAAGACAAAGAAACCCUAGAAGGCGUUGGUAAGAAUGGCGAUUGCAAGAACAGGAGUCUUCGUUGAUGAUUAUUUAGAAUAUUCAAGCACAUUACCAGCAGAACUUCAGAGGCUUCUUAACACCAUGAGAGAACUCGAUGAGAGAUCACAAGCCAUGAUCAAUCAGACAAGAGAGCAGACCAAGUACUGCUUGGGAUUGCCUUCUCAAAUCUCAAAGAAAGGGAGCCAUAAUGAUGAUGAGGCAACACUUGAGAAGAUGAGAAAGGAGAUUGAGGCAAACCAGGAGAAUGCUUUGAGCCUAUGCACUGAGAAGGUCUUGCUAGCACAGCAAGCUUAUGAUCUUAUAGAUAGCCAUGUAAAACGGCUUGAUGAAGAUCUCAACAACUUUGCAGAAGAUUUAAAGCAAGAGGGUAAAAUACCACCAGAUGAGCCAGCAAUCCUUCCUCCUGUUCCUAUAGUGCCAAAAGAUGAGAAACGCAAAUCCUUCUUUGGAACACCUCAAUCCAAGAGGCUAGAUUUCAGGGAACGUGAUUGGGACCGAGAACGUGAUAAGGAUUUUGAACUAAUGCCUCCUCCAGGAAGCCAUAAAAAAAGCAUUCCUGCUCCUGUUGAUGUUGAUCAACCCAUUGAUCCAAAUGAACCCACCUACUGCAUCUGUCAUCAGGUGUCUUUUGGAGACAUGAUUGCUUGUGAUAAUGAGAAUUGUCAAGGAGGUGAAUGGUUCCAUUAUGCUUGUGUCGGCCUCACACCAGAGACAAGAUUCAAAGGAAAGUGGUAUUGCCCCACCUGCAGAUUAUUACCACCUUGAAUAUAUGUAUAUUUAUGUUCUUUGAUUUAAUUGGCAGCAAGAGGGCCAUGAGUCAAUUUUUUCUGUAGUUGUGGAGGCAUGUAAAGUAUAAAUUACACCUCGGUUGCUGUGUUUGAUCACUUUGAUGUAUAUUGGUGAUGCUGUUUCUUUAAUCCUCCUACUUGGGAACAAAACCAAGCAAGAGUUAUUCGACUGUAUAAUAUAUUGUUUUCCUUGAUUAAUUA